AUGGAAAAUAACCGGCUAGGUCCAACAGGACAAGCAAAUCCCCUAGUACCAUUAGGACCACUUGGACCGGCAGAUCAACCAAGACUACCAGGACUACAGGGACCAGCAGAUCCCAUAAGGCUUCCAGGACCACCGGAACCAGCAGAUCGCCCAGGACCAGCUGAUCCUGCGGGACCACCAGUACAAUUGAGACUACCAAUGCCACCAUUUCCUAUUCAUAUCAACGAUGUAUAUGGAAUAGCUAUUCUAAAUCGGGGAUCACUGGAUCCGAAUCCUCACAUCCAUCUCGAGCUUGGCUGCUAUCCAUUGAGUGAAGACCGUCUUCGAAAUUUGUAUAGUUUAGUCUUUGACGAUGAAGACGAGAAACAAGUGUAUGAUAAAAAAAGAUCGUAUGUACAUAUUAGUGGUAAAUAUGUUUUAGAGCAAUCAGAAGUUCAGCUUCUGUCAGAUUUCGAGCUUAGAACCAUUAAGCAACUUCUAGCUCUUCGAGAUGUCGAAUGCGGCGUGAUAUUGUAUGAUCAGCAAACCGUAUGCCCGUCACUUCCAAUCAUUUUUCAUCUUAAAUCCGCUCAAUUUGUCCGUAAUUACGAAUAUGCCAUGAAGUGUCGUGGUUUGAAACAAGUGCUUGUAUUAUGCGCUGAGGAUAUGAUGAAAUUUUGGUGUGAAUCCUUUUAUGAAUAUUUUCCAGAAGCUCGGGUGCGAGUUUUUCAUCCGACAGUGAAUCCUCUUUUGGAAGCCCAAGACUUUCUCAAAAAGAUAUCAGCGUCAAAUUUUGUUGAAAUUUUAAUAACCACGCAUGACAAGUACAAUUACAACUACGUUGAAUUGAAUUCCGUUCUUUGGUCGUGUCUGAUUGUGGACAAAGCAGAAAUGCUAAGAGAAACACCGCAGGGCUUCAAGUAUAUCAAGGAAAUCCCAACCCCGUUUCGAAUAUUGACCACGUACACCAGCUUCGAAGGCGAUCUCAUAUCAUUGCACGAGUACAUUGAAGUAUGCGCUCCGGGAUGGUUUACAUCCAAUUAUGAUCCGAUGAAAAUUGAAGAGACAAUUGCUACAGAAAUAUCGGAAGAAAAUGAAAACGGCUUUACGAAAACAUUGAUUCGACAGCUGGUUACCGAAAUGGAAAAAAUAAUAAUAAUUCGUAGAGAAGAUGGUUAUCAAGGAAGUGAUGUGAUGAAAUAUGUGGAAUUUUUCUUCGAUAAGAAAACACAAGACUUUUUUAAAUUCUUGAAAGAUCCAGGUUUAAAUCUCGGAGUAUGUCACUGGAGAGACGAUACAAUCGCGUUUCGCCGACCAUGGUAUACAGCUCUUCCCGGCUACAACUCACAGGAAAGAUAUUUGUGUCGCAAAUUCGUUUUUGAUAUGAAAGUUGAAAUGGCAAAGGCGAUUUAUGCGCAAGCAUCCCCAGAAAUGUAUGAAAAUCGUGACGCUAUGAUGAGUAUUUUUGACCUGCAUCUAAGGAAAGGUAUCAAACUGUAUCAUUUCAAUACCGUUUGGGAGUAUUUGAAAGACAACAAUCAGGGAGAUCAUUAUAUUAUUCGCCCGGAAAUUCUUCCUCUUAUCCUCAAUAUUGAUAAAUAA